AUGCCUUCCGCAACCCUCAACCCGCGCCAGCGCCUCUCCAUCCUGACCAACGCCUCGUUCGGUCACGACGUCAGCGCCGCCUUCACAGUCAAGGCCGCCGCAUCGCCCUCGCAGCAGCGCUCCAUCGUGUACGGCGAGACCGCCGCGCCGCCGCCAAGCCCAAUCGACUUCUCAUUCCCCAGCACGCCGAAGGAGAAGCAAGGCGACGAGCGCGGUGCUGGAUUCUUCGGGUCUACGGUUCUUCGGUUCUUAUGA